GACCAUGUGCAUGAUCGGCGAGAGUCCUAACCGCUGUGCCACCGACGCGGUUAGCCCGGCCCGGCUAGCUCAGUCGGUACAGCAUGAGACUCUCACUUAGAUUAUUCAGCGACGCAUAUACAAAUAUUGAAUUUACUACUUCACAUGAAAAUGAUGGAAAGUUCCAUUUCCUCAGCACUGCCAUACAAUGCCUAGAAGAUUGUAGUCUCCAGAAGUCAAUACGCCGAAAGCUGACAUGGGAAGGACAAUACCUACAUUUUUAUAGUUUUUGUUCAAAAAGCAAGGAGAUUAUGCUCUACAGAGAAAUUAGAGUAAGAAUUUAUGUUUUCUCAAAGAUACUGAAAAGCAACGGUUACCCUCAAAGGUUCAUUAACAAGUACAGGGAAUCUGAAAGCUCAAGUAUCAAACAAAUCACAGUGAGAAAAAAUCCUAUCUACAUUCAACUUGAUUUUAAAGGUGAAGAUAUCGCAGCAGUUGUCAACAGAAGACUGAAGACAUCACUAGCCACAGCCUAUUCUGCAGCUAAGUUGGUUCGCGUCUGUUGAACAACUUGCACUUUGGUACAAUCAAAAGUCGAUAGAUAUCCUUCUCUUGUUAACUCCAACUAUAUAUAAAAAUUUACAUAAAUAUGCGGGAGCAGUUACAUUGGAAGAACAGAAAAAAAAGCAUACCUUCGAUUUUCUUAACAUGUACCAAAAGGCCUUUGUCUAAAGGGAAUAAAUGCUCUAAACAAUGC